GUGUGGUUGUCUGUCUGACUGAUAUUCUGUCCGUUAGUCUGCAGUGAUUAUUUCCCCAUAAACGACCACUCAAAAAGAUCUUGGCCAUGGCUCCUCUCCCUGCCCCCCUCUCCCUUACUGUGCUACAGCUUGCAGCACUGACUUAUGUGUGUGGUGGUGCAUACUAUGGACACAAGCAACACCCUCAGCCAUACCAGCCAGUGCAGCAUCACCAACAUAUGGCCAUGGGCAAAGAAGGCUUUCCCCAGCAACAGUACCUUGGAAAAGAGGUGCCUUAUAUGCAGUAUCCACAGUACAGGAAGGAGCUACCACAGAUGCCCAUGCACAAGGGCAAAGAAAAUGCUCGUAAAGGGGGUGGUUAUAAUGGUGGUCAAGAUAAAGGACAGACAAUUCCCAGUGGGGCUGAAGGAAUUCCUCAAGGAGAGCCUGGUCCAGCUGGACCACCGGGACCAGAGGGGCCUCAAGGUCCUCCUGGACCUCCAGGAAAUGGACAACCAGGACCUGUGGGGCAACCUGGAUCUUCUGGUCCACCAGGAGUGCCUGGGAUGGGAAAACCAGGUUUGCCAGGGCUGCCAGGCAAGCCAGGAGGAAAUAGUGAGGCUGGACCACAGGGUGAAAUGGGUCCUAGCGGUGAGAAUGGACCAGCUGGACAGCCAGGACCUCAGGGUCCCCCAGGACCACCUGGGCUACCAGGGAUAGGUAAACCAGGGAUGCAGGGACUACCAGGUCAACCAGGGACAAAAGCAGAACCAGGUCACAAAGGGCUACCAGGACUACCAGGAUUACCAGGACCCAAAGGUGAUAAAGGAAUGGGUCAGCCAGGGCAACCUGGUCACAAAGGUCUCCCAGGGCCCCAUGGACCAGCUGGCCCAAGAGGACUGCCUGGUUUUGGAAAACCAGGCUUGAAUGGGGCACCAGGCCCACAUGGACAACCAGGAGAGAAAGGACAUCCUGGACAGCAAGGACCAGCUGGACCACCUGGUGAAGGAGGACAGCCUGGCCCAACAGGGCUACCUGGUCAAGGAAAGCCAGGUCAAAAUGGCCUUGCCGGACAGCCAGGGGUGUCAGGUGCCAAAGGACAUCCAGGACCACCAGGUUUGCCAGGGAAGCCAGGACUGCCUGGGUUUGGUAAACCAGGGCUCCCAGGACCAAAGGGGGAUAAAGGUAUGGGUGGUUCACUUGGCCUGCCGGGCUUAAAAGGAGAAAAGGGACACGGAGGGCUGCCUGGUAUGCUUGGAUCCCCUGGACCAAAUGGUUCACCUGGUCAUCCAGGUCCCUUGGGACCACAAGGGGCUAUGGGUUCCCCUGGACCUAAAGGAGACUGUGGGGAAGGAGGGCCUAAAGGGCUUGAUGGAGGCCAGGGUGAACCUGGUCCUUCUGGGAUACCUGGUAAGGGUGGUCUGCCAGGAGACAAUGGAGAACCAGGGCCAAGAGGACCCCCAGGGCCAAGUGGUGUCAAAGGAGAUGAUGGACACAAAGGUCUGACUGGUAACCCUGGUCCUUCGGGACUUCCAGGGCUAAAAGGACACGGUGGACUACCCGGUGAAGUGGGACCUCAAGGCCCUAAAGGAAUCCCAGGAAUGGAUGGUGCAGCAGGACCAAUUGGGCCUGCUGGUCUUCCUGGGGCAAAAGGAGAUGGUGGUCUACCUGGUGUACCGGGAAUUGUAGGUGAGGGGAGUCCCGGUAUUCCUGGUCCCUUAGGACCCCAAGGAAAAGAGGGACCAUUAGGACCCCCUGGGAAACCAGGUCAGCCUGGCCCUCCUGGGCCACCAGGCCCAGCUGGAGCAACUGGACUGUCUCCUGACAUGGCUGGAGUACUCUCCGUAAUGGGCCCUGGAGUCGACGGUGUUAAGGCUGGUGGUUAUGAUAAGAAGGGCAAGUAUGGCGGCAAUGGGGCAGAAGUAAUGGGUGUCAGUGGGUUAGAAAUGCCAGCAUUCACAGCUGUAUUAACAACUCCCUUUCCACCUGUCGGCACUCCAGUUGUCUUUGACAAGCUCCUAUACAAUGGUCGCCAAAACUACAACCCCCAGACAGGAAUUUUCACCUGUGACAUGCCUGGCAUAUAUUACUUUGCCUACCACAUCCAUUGCAAAGGAGCCAAUGUUUGGGUGGCUUUGAUGAGGAACAAUGAGCCAGUGAUGUAUACGUAUGAUGAAUACAAAAAGGGUUUCCUAGACCAAGCGUCAGGGAGUGCAGUGCUACCUCUACAACCUGGAGAUACUGUGUAUAUUCAACUGCCCUCAGAUCAGGCUUCAGGACUUUAUGCUGGGCAGUACGUGCACUCCUCCUUUUCUGGGUAUUUGUUGUAUCCAAUGUAAAACAACAAACUGCAAUGAGAGAGAGGUUUUAGUAAGAACUAAAUAGGUGCAUAGUUUUGUAAAAUAUAAAACAACUUAAUUACCUGACACAGAGCAGUACUUUUUAAUGUUAACAAGCUGUUGAUCAAUAACAGAUAUGAGAGGAGAAGAUAAUGAAGGGUUGUACAUACAGCAACGUUUAUCAUGUAAACCCUUAUAGCUGUUUAAUUGGGAAAUAAUAAUAUUUGUUUUACAGCUUUGAAAACAAAAAGGGUGUGGAAAAGACAUUCCAUAAAGACCUAAAAUGGCUCUCAAUGUAUUUUUAUACAGCAGUGAAAAAAACAACAAGUGUGCAAUUUGUAAACACAUCAGAGGAAUGUGUAAAAUUUAUGGAAAAUACAAUUUAAUGUGUAAAAUUCUAAUGAUACCAUUUUGACAGUGUCAGAUUUGGUCCCUGUACCUCCUCAAAACUGGCAGCUACUCCAUGUGGCAAGGAUGUGAAAUACAGUAGGAAGACAUUCUAGCAGGAUAUUCACAAUUUUACGUUCACACCUUUGUAAAAAUGUUGUCUUUGUCUCUCCACUCUUCACAGUGAUGCAGAUAAUGAAAAGUUUUUGCUUUUGCAGCAGCUUGAGUAUUUUAGACAUUCAUGUAACCUACAAAAUGACUGAGGUUUGUUAUUUGAGAGAGAAUCAAAGUAAAAAGAAUGUAAUACAAUUUUUUGUAUUUGUUCAUGGAUGAGUUAGGGUUAGGUUAAAAUAUUUUUUUAUGCAAAAUCACAAAGGUCAAACAAAUUUGCGAGUCGAGUGUUUUGGAUAGCCACUCCUUUGAAUGGAUAAUAAACACUGCAAUACAUUUAACCAGACAGUUUGUCUCGAUAAAUAGAGUAUUUCCAUAGGUACUAAAUACAAGGAAACUUUGAUCUGCGAACAUGUACAAUUGUGCAGCUAUGAAUUAAAUUACUCGACAGAGGUUAAGUUAUGUUCCCUUCAAUCCUGCUGUUGAACGAAGUCAAACAGAGGAAUUUAUAUGAAGAUUUCACUGUAUUGUAUUUCAAACCAGAAUAAUUUUAGAAAUAAAUUGUUUCCUAAAAGAUUCUUACUUAAUGUUUUUAAUUUAAUUUUCAACUGUUAAUACUCUGUAACUGUUCUUUAAGUCAUGAUUUCAAGUUGUAACAACUUUAUACAUAACCCUAUUGUAAUUGUAAUGGCAGCAUAAUUAAAACAUUGACAAAUUAAAAUGAAUGGUUACUAUAUUUUUUAAAUGAAACUCUUUAACAGUGGGACUUCAUAUGUAACCAGUUGCUCUUGUGUAAUUUUUUUUGUGAUAUAACAAAAUUAUGUCCCACAGUUUCCUUGGUGGGCUUCAUUUAAUAUCUUGUUGCCAGGUUUGUAAGGAAAACAUUCAUUUUGCAGGACAGUUAUUGGACUCAAAGCAAGUCAUGAACAUUGCAGCAAUUCAUAGCAACAAUUAUGUCAAUAAUUUAUUAUUUUAUCUGUUGAUUACCUAUAUGCUAUGAAAUGGACAUCAAGCACCAAUAGUUUUAAAGGAAAAAAUUAAUGUUUCUUCUUUUAACCAUGGGGCUAAUAUUUUAAGUGUAACCAAUGAAUUGUGUGUUAAUGU